AUGGAUCAUGAAACAGUCACAAGAGAUGAGAAAACUGUUUCAUUCGGAACUUUGCCACGAGUCAGCUCGUCUCUCGUUCACAUCCUGUCGUUUGUUUUCACUCACUAUGAAGCAACCGAUGCAUUCUAUGUUGAUUUAGAACAAUUUCUUCAUGCCAAUGAAAACUAUAAAAUGUUGGAAGUUGGCGAUGAUUUCGUGACGCAUCAUUUUACUGUCGAUAAGUAUCACAUUUGGGGUGUAACAGCUUACGCACUGGUCUUAGUUGCAACACUAGUUCAUCAAAGGACACCACAGUUUCCUGUUUAUCGCUAUGAAGAAUAUUUCGAUUUACAAAAAAUAACGAAACAACAAAAAGACUUUUUCCGUUUAUGUGUUGAUCUCCGAUAUCGAGACAAAACUAGAGAAAAUAAUAAAGAAAAAAGUCGUUUAUAA